AUCGUUCAGAACUUCUCGUACAGGGCCAUUGCAAGGGAGAGCUUGCAUUCACUCAGGGCAACCAGGUUGCAGGACUAGUACUCUCAGCAGCGGCACACUAGAAACAACGGAACGACCAGAAAAUUUAUUAGCAAACAUGGGGCCGGCGAAACUCCUUGUGCUAUUCGCUUUCUUCUCUUCAUCGUGUGCUGCGAUGUUCUACAGGACUGAUGAUCCAUGUGACUUCACGGACAUCCACCUAGACGACGAAAUGUUUUCCACGCUCCUGGCCAAGCUCCCGGAAGGUCUCGAGUACGGCCCGCAGAGGUUCCGCUAUGUCCUCCCAGGAAUUCAAGUCGGUGGAAUGACUGUGCAUGGCCUGAGCAAGCUCCGCCAGUUCGGACCCCCAAUUCCUUACUGCUCCAGAGGAAAGCGCAUGGUGCAAGUGGACUUCUACAAUACUCAACCUAUAGAUUUCAUCUCGCCAUGGAUGGCUUGCUCAGACGAUAAAGGAAAGCUCAGUCUUCGCGCCGAGCACACGCGGUUCACAGCCCAAUUUACCAUUGCCGAGUCCACUGGCGAAGGCGUGAAGCUGGAAUUCGUGCGCGCACUUCCUGUUACAACGCAGACCUUCCGCGUUGUUCUCGAAGGCCUUGGAAAUGGCGUGGGCGUCUUUUUUGAGGCUCUGAGCGUGCUUAUACCAAGUUUACUUGAACGAGCUUGGAACGCCCAAUUUUCGCAUAAUAUUGACAGGGCUUUCCGUAUGGCCCUUGAGUGACAUAAGGAGAAGGAAAUAUAUUUGUGUCACCUCACCGAAACUAAACCUGAAAACACAACGAACACCAUCUUCUAAUAAUAUCGGUUUCGUUUAUUUCAAGGAAGUUAAUAAAAUUGCUCACGUUUAUGAAGUGACUUGGUUUUACGUUUCUAUACGACGUUGUAUCACAAUUGAGCUCCCAUAGUAUGUCGGAGUUGUAAGUGCUAGUCUGGAGGAAAUAUUCAAAAAAGUGUUCGGGCACGUCAGCUGCCGCCAUUUUCUUCAUUCUGGAGGAACACCGGUGCGCAUGUGUUUAUUUAUACUACAUGGGCUUCCGCAACAUCUUUAAUGGAACCGAUAAUUCCGGCACAGUAAAUGAUGAUGAUGAUGAUGAGCAAAACUUUUAUUUGAGGUAAGUGGUAAUAACUGGAGAAUUUUCGCACAUAAAUUUCUGUAGGAAGAUUACGGAGGGAUUGACAAAUUAGAUAGUUGUGAGCAUUUGUUGAAGUAUCGUCAACGGCUGGCAUUUUUCACUCAAUGUCUUCUAGAAUACAAGACACACACAAUUCCAGGAUACAUAAAACGUCUCUUAUUUCCCUCGGCCCUUGUGUUGGGACUAGGACAUCGGCAAGGAGGAAUUGAACAGGUGAAACGAAAUGUUGCAAGGGGUUCUAAGCGGGCAAAUUUUGUACGCUGACAGGACAAUUCCAAACACGAAUAAUACCUGCAAAUAGAAAUAGUUAUCGUAAUAUGGCAUGUAAUAGUUUAAGAGAGUCAAUAAACCAUUUUGUUUUUUGCCUCAACGAAA